AUGCCUCCAUCCAAAAGCAAGAAGAAUGGCUCGACCAGUGACGACAGUGAUGACUUUGGUAUCUUUGCAGUGGCCGGCAUCGCGCUCGCGGCCGGAGCUCUCAUUGGAGCAGGACUGAAGGCGGUCUACGACAGCGUCACCGCUGCUCCUGAGCCAGCGCACCAAAGCCAGCACGCCUUGUCCGAAGUGUUGGAGGCCUUCAACUGCCCCAUCACGCAGGAAGUCAUGUCCGACCCGGUCUCGACCCCGUACGGCCACUGCUUUGAGCGCGACGCCAUCGAAAGGUGGCUCCAGACCCACAAAACAUGUCCGAUGACCAAGAAGCCUCUCACUCAAGCACAGUUGUUUCCAAACUACACUGUCAAGGCAGCCAUCGAGAGCGCCCUCGCGUCAUCAACAUCCUCGUCGUUGCCAUGCUCUUCCUCAGCGUCUGCGUCUGGCGCUGAACGGGUGCCACGCGUGGCAGACGAUGCGGUGCAGGUCACACUCGCCCCUGAGGCGCUGCGAGCGGGCCUGCGUUGCCUCGAUCCAGACACGGUGCGCGCGCUGUGCACUGGCGCCAAUUGGAACCCGGCCAUGGCCGAGAGCGUGUUUCUGCUGCUGGAUGCGCUUCCGACGUCGAAUCAGUCAGUCCCGUUCGCAGUGACCAACCGUGGCACUGUGCCGCUGGUGCUCGUUGCACAGCGUCACCGUCCCUUUGCCUCUUCUAACGUCCACGACGACGAUGGACGCGAAACUGGUCGUCUGACCUUGGCGCCUCAACAAUCUGCUCGACUCGCCAUCUCCAGCACUUGGCGACUGAAUGUGCAGCUCCCCACACAGGAUGGCUUGCCCAAGACAGUGCUACUGGCGGUUGAUGAAGCCGCCGCCCUCGAUGGCAGUCCAUCAUCGUUGCCGAUGGUGGAGUAG